GGGGGCGAGGGUGGGCGGGUGCACCAUGGGGGUGUGACAGCCGCGAUCUUUCCUAAUGUUUGGACUCGAUUAUUUGGGGAUCCCCUUCAGGAAUGGGGGGGCAGUAUGGUCUGGCACUAAUGAAGGGAACAAGGGGGUUUAUGUGCCCUAACCUCCAGGGGGGAUAAACGUUCUUAUACUUAGAAAUCUGUCAAAAGAUGGAACCAAAAGAAGAUAAAAAAUUAUGAAACAGAAAUCAUUAUUCAAGUUUUCCAGUCAUACUUUAAAACUACUUUAUUUUGCAAGAUAGAAAAUAAAACCCCCUACUGCUUCCUGGAUUUCUGGUAAAGGCUGUGGGGAGAAACCCGAGGUCCGGAUUCGGGGAGCAGCCCCACUGGAGGGAGGCGGUGCUUCAGCACCUCAGAGAGCAGCCCCGGCCGGCCCGCGGCCCGCCCCUCCCCGCACUUCCCCAGACCCGCGGGCCCUCUGAGCCCGGCCUCCUGGCACAGGCUUAGCCCUCUCAGGACUGCGCCUGAGGGCCGGGCCUUCCUACCCCACCGGGGUCUGAUGAGGACCCUCCCAUCCUUCGUGUGAGCCACAGUUCCAAGGGUCAAAGUUGUCAGAUCUCAGCAGAGCCCAGAUGAGGGCCCCGUGGUGUGCGCCUGGCUGCUGUCCCUGUCACAGGCUGUCCCUGCUGGGGUGGCAGAAAGGGGAGGGCACCGAAGCAUGCAACUUAACGUGGGUUUACAACGCGGGGUGCGGCAGCGGGGCCGGGCCCCGACCCAGCUUUCUAUCCUCGAGGGGUCGGGGCUGCCCGAGCGCUGCUGACCCCGUCUCCCUGUGGGCAGUGCCCCCCUGGGCGCUGGGCGCCAUCGCGGUGCUCCUGGGCCUUCUGCUCCUCACCUGCUGCUUCUGCAUCUGCAAGAAGUGCUGCUGGAAGAAGAAGAAGAACAAGAAGGAGAAGGGCAAGGGCGCCAAGAACGCCAUGAACAUGAAGGACAUGAAGGGUGGCCAGGACGAUGAUGACGCCGAGACGGGCCUGACGGAGGGCGAGGGCGAGGGCGAGGGCGAGGAGCCGGAGAACCUGGGGAAGCUGCAGUUCUCCCUGGACUAUGACUUCCAGGCCAACCAGCUCACCGUGGGCGUCCUGCAGGCCGCGGAGCUGCCCGCCCUGGACAUGGGCGGCACCUCGGACCCUUAUGUCAAGGUCUUCCUCCUUCCAGACAAGAAGAAGAAAUAUGAGACCAAAGUCCAUCGGAAGACGCUGAACCCCGCCUUCAACGAGACUUUCACCUUCAAGGUGCCCUACCAGGAGCUGGGGGGCAAGACCCUGGUGAUGGCCAUCUACGACUUUGACCGCUUCUCCAAACACGACAUCAUCGGGGAGGUAAAGGUGCCCAUGAACACCGUGGACCUGGGGCAGCCCAUCGAGGAGUGGAGGGACCUGCAGGGCGGAGAGAAGGAGGAGCCGGAGAAGCUGGGUGACAUCUGCACCUCGUUGCGCUACGUUCCCACGGCUGGGAAGCUCACCGUCUGCAUCCUGGAGGCCAAGAACCUCAAGAAGAUGGACGUGGGUGGCCUUUCAGACCCCUACGUGAAGAUCCACCUGAUGCAGAACGGCAAGAGGCUCAAGAAGAAGAAGACGACAGUGAAGAAGAAGACCCUGAACCCGUACUUCAACGAGUCCUUCAGCUUCGAGAUCCCCUUCGAGCAGAUCCAGAAAGUCCAGGUGGUGGUCACCGUGCUGGAUUACGACAAGCUGGGCAAGAACGAAGCCAUCGGCAAGAUCUUCGUGGGCAGCAGUGCCACAGGCACGGAGCUGCGGCACUGGUCUGACAUGCUGGCCAACCCCCGCCGGCCCAUCGCCCAGUGGCACUCACUCAAGCCCGAGGAGGAGGUGGACGCGCUGCUGGGCAAGAACAAGUAGGGGCCGCGGCCCGAGCCGCUGCUGCCUCAGCUGGGCAGCCCUCGAGGCAUCCCUGCCCACCCGUGUGCGGCCGUGCCCUCGCUCCUCUGCCCUCGUCCUCUUUCUAAAGACCCCCCUCCCUCCGAUGGUGGCUGAGGAGGGCCCCUCGGAGGUGAGAGAAGCCUGGCCCGUCGUCGCCCCGGGAGCUUCCUCGCUGCAUGCCCGCCACCCUCCUCCUCCAAAGCUCCGCCCAGCCCUCACCUCGAGGGAGGCUCUCUUGGCAGAAAGUGGUGGCAUUUUCUGAGCGUUCCGGACCAACGGAAUGGCAGCACCUCCUGACUCCUGACGGAAGGCAACCAGCGGCCAGGGAUCCGUGCGUGUGUGCGCAUCCUCUGUGCUCGUGGAGGGCCGCGGACAGGGUGCCGUGUGGGAGCAGAGGGCUUAGAACCCUGCUCGGACUGGGGAGCUCCCACGCUGCGUGGGAGUGGCUGUUUGGGAGGCGAGACGGGGAGACUGGACUGUGCAGAGCCAGGACCAAAGCCCGCUGCCGGCGUGGACCUCCUCCUGCUGCCGGGGGCUUCCCGGGACACCACAGACCUGAGCUAUAGGCUAGACUGGCUGGACUCGAACGGGGACUGUCCGUCCCGCGACCUCACCUUGCUGACGGGUGAUGUCCAACCGCAAAGAAACAGAAGACCCGCUUCCCAGAAAGGCCAAAAUGAAACUGCCGGGCCUUUGCCCUUGCGGUGGGAGACCCAGAUGCCGGCUCCCUUUCUAGGACGGGAGCCAGCAGUCACUGGCAUCUCUUACCCUCCCGCCUGUGCUCCUCCCUUAAUCAAAGGGGAGCAGCUCUGUCUGAAGACACGGUAUCCGUUCAGAGCCAGAGGGCUUGAAAAGGAAGGUUUACAGGUUCUUAGUUCCCCUGAGGCCCAGGUAAGGAGGGGAGGGUAGUGGACAGCUGGCUGAGCUUUCCCAGGGGCCCUGCGGGGAGGCCCCGCCUAGCAUUCCUGAGGGACUUGCUGUGAAUCCCGAGGAGCAGGGCAGCCAUUCCGAGCGGUGGCGGAGGACAUGGGCCGGGUUCUGCCCCGCGGUCACUGUGCUCGUUCCCCGCGCACCUCGUGUCCCCAGCAUCGAUAAAAAGCCAUAUAUACGUUAGUCAGCGUGCACCGAGUCUCCUUCCAAACCUGCAGCCUGGGCGAGAGCACCCGGCCCCCGGCCCCUCAGCCGCCCUCGUCUCUGCAGCUGCAGGCCCUGGCCCUCUCCUCGGCGCGGAACACUCAAGGCUUCCCAGACCCCGAGCUGCGCCUCUUUCCCAGCACACGUGGCAGCACCUCCCACCCCGUCUAGCCACCCUGGCGUCUGCGGGCACCUGAGGCAGAGGGACGUCUCUUUCACUGUCAGAAAGGAGCAGGCAUGUGUUCCUGCCCGGCUGCGUUUCCCGGCUGGGCAGGUGGUGAGAAGCCGUCUCCUCCGGGAGCAGCAGCUGGGCAGUGGGCCUCAGGCUUGCUCGUGGCCCUUGGUCCUCAGGAAGUCAUUCUUCACUUGAUGCCGAGAAGCUGGGACCUGACGAAGACUGUGGGCUGGUCCUAGGGCCCGGGCUGUAGGACAAGAGUGAGGCUUCAGGCCCGGGGGGGACCACAGGGGGCUGUCCCGGCCUGGAUGCCCCCCUGCAGAGCUAUGGGAUUUGGUGCUUCCUCGGGGCCCCCUCUCCCCCAGCCUCCCCCGGGGCCCCCAGAGCUGACUUCUCACCCUCCACCUUCACUCUCGCGCCCCUUCCCGACCACCUUCCACCAUCUGGGAUUCUCGUCCACCCUCCUGAGCCCAGGACUCGCCUCUCUCCCGGCGGGAAGGGGAGAGGCUCCGCAGCACGUCUGCUGCUCUGGGGGUCCUGGGCCCGGAGACGCGGCUGGAUUACGGCUCUGGGCCCACCUCGAGUGGGUAGCCUCAGGGGCAGGGAGGUUGAGUGUGGGCACCAGUGCGGAGCCGAGGGGACGCGGGAGGGGAGCAGUGCUCUCCUGGGUUCUGGCCGGUCCUGGCUGGGCCCCUGCCUCAGAGGAGCCAUCUGAGCAGAAGGCAUCUACCGGGCCCACAAACUAGGUGGGGAAACAACACUGGUCCUAAGUGUCCUGCACCUGAGGGUCCUUACCCAGUCCACAGAGCACCUUCACUGCCACCAGGCUUGUUUCUGGGGUGUCGGGAUCCUGCCCUGAGUGGGACAGAAUUAAGGUUGGCUACGAGGGGUGCUGGAGGCCUCCAGGCUGUGCGUUUUCACUCCCAAAGUCUAUUGCAGAGAGGAAAGUAGAAGAGGCGAUUUUUACAAAGGGACUGAAACCAUGAAAAAUGAAACCCAGUGCCACCCAGAAAAUGGAGGUGAGGCCAGAAAGCUCUGUUUCCUCCUUUCUCCUUGAGUAAUCAUUCCAGAGUGGAACCAACUCCGCCAGGGCUCUGGGCACGUUUCCGGAUUUUGGCCGCGCAAGCUGAGGGCUGGGGGAAGCUGGGGGAAGCCCCCUAUGAUGAGCGACCGGUGCCGGGCCGGAUGGGAAGUGACGUUCCGGGUCGCUCGGCUGGGGGAAGGGACAGCAGGGAUUCACGCAGCCUCAGGCCUGGUCUUUUUACUUCCCAGGAACCAUAUGUAGCUUGUGCUUCUAGAAUCGGUUUGAGAUGGUCUUGCUGGCCCAGGGCUUCAGUGAGGGGUGGGGGUGGUGUCGCUGCAGCUCCCCCGCCAGCCCUGCAGUGGGAGGUGGUGGGUGAGCGAACUGGGGGGGGGGGGGG